AUGCUUAUUAAUGUUAUAUGGAGUGACAUUAAGGCUUCUGCUCUGUUUGAUUGUCUUUCAUUCCCAGGCUACAGAUAUGAGCUGUUUCGUCUUAUCAAACAUACACAGACACCCCAUUGUUUGGUGUACUGUUUAAUGUCAGCUGAUGUGAGCUCAGAAUGGAAUAGAAUAGCUUAUUCUCAGUACAUGCAGGCAAUUCUUGAUGGUUUUAUACUGAGAUUUGAAGCACCUGAUUCAAGGAACAGAUGGGAUGGUCAACUCUCUUCGAUUCAGAAAAAGGACACACUUCCAUUUGAAGCCAUCUGUGAUGUGCUUUUCAAAAGAAAAGCACCACCACCUAAUCAGUCCACACUAAGUCAACCACUCUCCUCUACCAACUUUCUGUACGAGUUGGACAAAGUUACUCAAGAUGUCUUGAUGUCUGUUCUUGACUCACGGAAGACCAGCAUCCCUGGGGAUCACCUUUCCAUUACUGGAGCAACAGAAAAGAUCAAACUCACAAGAAGUCUUAACAUGGUAGAGUUGAGGAAACAGAGAUGGCAGUUCAUCAGUUAUACCAAGAUGCCGACAGCGAACAUUGGACAUAUUGCCACAUUUGAGCAGUAUCUCAAUAAGAGUAUGCAUUAA